GCAAAAUAUGAUCUGCAAUUAAACCCUAAAAAUUUCAUUAAUUCCCUUUUCUGUCCGUUUCUGAUUUCUCUCUCUUUUGGGAAUUUUAUUUUCCUCUCAGUUUGUGUUCACAAGCAGAGUCGCUCCAAACGACUCCAUUAUGAAUAUUGACGAUGGAUGCACAAGGUUUAUGGUGAAUGCAGUUAGCGAGCCUACUUCAACUAUGCAUGAAGAAAUUGAUGUUCCAAUAAUCUGUCGUGAUGAUGAUCUUGAGAUUGAUAACUCGUACAAGUUGUUCUUGGAUCAUAUUAGUAAUGGUACCAGUUUAGGCACUCCGUUUGAAGCUGACAAUGGAGAAUACGAAAAACGUAAAUUCCGCACGUUUUCUUGUGGUAACGAGAAGCCAAUCGACAACAGAGUUUCUCAACAGAGAAAGAGGAAAGCGUUUGGUUUUGAGGCUGAGAACUCAAGAGCUGUUCCAUUAGCUACAACCCUAGAAGGCAUCCUACGAGACAAUAGACUUGCUGAACGAAGAAAGAGGAAGAAUGCUGAGUUAGAGGCUGCAAGGGUUUCAUGGGCUGUUCCGUUGGUUAGAAACCACCAAGUAAACAUUAAUCAAACACACACAAAGGCUAGGAAAAUGUCAGAGUCAAAGGUUGAGACUUCAUCGGAUUCUCCGUUGUUCAGAACCAAAGAAGACAUCCGACGAGAAUACAAAGCUAAGAAUAUGUCAGCGUCAAAGGUUGACACUUUAUGGGAUGUUCCGUUGGUUAGAAGCAAAGUAGUCAUCCGACGAGACAACAGGAUUGCUAAACUACGAAAGAAGAAGAUUGAUGAAACUAAGGCUUCAGGGACUUCAAGGGCUGUUCCUGUGGAGUGUAUAAAUACAGUUACAGAGCGUAAUAAGGCUGUAGAUGAGACUUCAAGGUUUGUUCCGGUGACACAAAGUAAGAAAGAAGUUUUUGUAGGGACAAGGAAGAAGAAGGAGGAUGAGAGUGUGGCGGUUGUGGAUAAGGAUUACAUGAGCUACCUCACAUGGCUCGUCGGUUCUCUUAAAGAUUCGACAACUGAGCCUGAUUCGUCUGCUUUCGAUCCUCCAAUUUCGGAUACUCAAAAAGAAUCCACUAUUGUCCCUGACAAGGUUCCAUUAGCGAAAGUGAAGGUUGAGCUAGAUCAUGAGUCUUGGUCUGAUGAUGAUGAUGAUGAUGACAUGAUUGAGGUUAGUGAUUCCCCUUUUUCGGAUGGACAAGGUACACCUUUUGUGGUGUCCAAGAGCAAGAACAUGAUUGAUCUUGAGGAAGAAAGUGCAGAGGAUGAAAGUAGUAGUAGUUGUUUUAAAGAAAAACUAAUGGAUGUUCUGGAGAAACCAUACGAUGAAGAAGAGUUGUUGAGGCUCUCUCGUGAGGUAUCAGUGAAGAAACCAGUGACUCGAUGUAGAGAACUGCGGAAGGGAAGAGAAAGCAAUUAUAAGACUGAUGAACUGGGACACUCCUAUCUUGAAAAGGUCCCUGAUUUCGAUAAAGAAUACAAGCGUGUGGAUGGUGAUGAUAAGGCGAGUUUGGAGUUGCUGCGUGGUUUUUUCUUUUACUUGGAAAAUAUUUCUCUGGGUGGUGCUUUCAAGCCUUGGUUACCAGAAAACAAAAAGAAGCUGGGACACAAGAAGAAGCAAUGCUUGCAACCAUAAGGAGAUGGUAAAUCUUUUGGUUUAAUACGCAGCUUGAUGUACUUUUGGAACUAUUUAGUUUGUUUGAAUCGAAUUACGGCUGUUUCUCUGUUUUCUUUGUUGUUGUUGUUGGAUGACAAUCUGAUUCAGAGUA